UAUAAAUUAUUAAAUAAGUACACCAUUAUAAAAAAAAUUUAAUUUUUUUUUUUUAUAAGUUUAAAAUAGCUUAAAUUCAAUAUGAAUCCUGAUUCAGAAGCAGCGAGCUAUGAUGGAGCUAGCAUUCGUACUGGGAUAAGUCGACAAUCAUCACUUAUGUUACCUGAAAGCGAUCAAGUUGUCUGCAUAAAAAAUGAUGAUUCUAUUAAUAUUGAAUUUGUUUAUUACACUGUGAUGUUGAAAAAAUUUGCACCAAAUUUGAGCAAAGAAAAGGAUAAAGUUAAAGUAAUACCUUGGAUCAGAAAAUUGUAUGCAGCCGAAUAUGCCACAAAUUUUUUUAAAAUUAAGCGCAAUAGGUACCUUUUUAACAUGAUAUUAUCUAUUCUUAAUGAUGAAAUGUAUGGUGUAUUUAAGUCAAUUCCACCUGCUGGUCCUUUAAAAUCGCCAGAAAGUUUUACUAUUCCUUCAAUUCCUUUGGCAACAUGGGAAGUUGAUACCAUGUGGGAAGAAAUGUUAAAAGAUGAAGAUGAUACUGCACCUAUUUGUUCUAUGCAUGUUAAAUGUCCUGAAAAGGACGAUGAUGAUGAAGAAAUACUGUAUACAUCUAAUAUAUCUGUAGAUGAGUUUAAUGCCAAAAGAGAAAAAAUACAAACUGAUAAAAACAAAAAAGCUAUAUUUAGUUCAUUACUAGACUGGGAAUUUCAGUAUCUUCUUCACAUUUCUCGACCUUAUGCAGCAUUAAUGACUACUAUUCAAGAUAAGACUAGAGUAGCAAAAUGGCUACAAAAACUAUGUGGUAUCCGUAUGGAUAUGACAUGUACAAAAAUGAAAGGUGUGCGUAAUGAUUACAUGAUGGCAUUACUAGGUUAUUUAUAUGAUCUGCGACUAACUGGACCAUUUGAACAUCCUCCACCUGACGGGCCAUUGGUUAAUUUAGAAAAAGCUAUGGAUAAAUUGAAAGAUAGCUAUCCACUGACUGUACCUACUCAAAAUGAUGUCAAUGAGUUUUUAACAGAUCAACCAACACCAGCUGAAGGAGGAGCCUUUUGUUACAUUGCAAUUAGUGGUGAUUUACAAGCAACAAAUUUGAUUAAAUCAAAACCAGUUCAUACCAAAGACUGUUCAAAAUAAUCUUCAUUCAAGUAUAAAUUAUGUCAUUUCAUGAAAAAGUAUAAUUGUAAUAAAUCCGCUUUAGUAAAAUCAAUAAAUAUAAUUUUUUCUCUAAGAAAAUUAGUGGCACAAUAAUGCAUUUAUAAGAAGUUACGGAUUUUUUAAAUCAGCCGAGUGAUUUAGAUAUCCUUUUUUAUUAAUUUCAAGUUAAUUUAAUUAGCAGUUUAAUUCAUUGAGAUACUUAAAUGUUAUUAACGAAAAAUAUGAAUUUAUAUCGUUAAACAUUAAAUACAAUAUUUAAAAAAAAAUGUAUUCUU